CUGUUGGGUCGAAGACAAACAAACUGUCCAACCCUAAUAACUUUAAAAAUAGACUCUAAUGGAAUUAGUACAACAUUUCUGGUUUCAAUGUGCGCACACGGACGGCAGUUCUCGCUUGUGUGCGUGCCCCUACCGCUUUGAUAUUCUCGUUGCAGCGGAAUCGAUCUUUCAUCACUGUCAGACAUAUUUGGUGUUUCGUGUGCCUUUGUUCGGUGACAAUGUUAUCUAUUUCCAUCGGCAGGUGCUUGUUGUAGGAUAGAUUUCAUAGUUUACUUAUGUUAAGUGGAAAGCUCCGUUCACCAUGAAUAGUGGUCAGAAAUACUUUUUGAUCGUCAGUACCGACCACUUCUACUGCGUUCCGAAGAAGGACCUCAUUGUAGCCGAUGCUGAUGUGCCAAUAUCAACAAGUGUGGAUAUUGACUUUAAGUACGGGACGAAGACUUUCAGGAGCUCCAUCGUCAAGAUAUCGAGUAAAGAGAAGGAUAUUCUCGAAGAAAUGACCAAACUCAAGAAAGAGAAGAAAACAACUCGUAAUAGUAGCUUUCAUGAAAGGGCUCCACGGAAGACUGCUCUUAAGCAGAGAAUUUUUAUGAAGUUUUUGCAGGUCGCGAAACGUAGGGUAAGGUUGCCUAAAUCGUACCAGCGCCCAAAUCGUACCUCCGCGUUUUCUCUGUGACUAUCGUCAACUCGCGCGCUCUACCGGUAAAAUAUGUUACUACUAGACAUUUGAAGACACCAGAUGCAAAAACCAGGCCUGUGGAGUUGAUUGUUGACUUUUUAUCAGUGAUUAAAGAUUUCAUGUGGUUUUUCUAAAAAAAUUUCACGUGUUGGCUAAGCUUAUUAAAAGAAACUGAAUCAACUAUCGUA